AUGUCUCUAGCAACCCCCUCCGAGCCGUCCAGCCCGCUCGCCGACUUCUUCUGGAUCGCCGGCCUCGAUGGCAAGGAAGUCGAGGACACCUACUGGAAACUGCGCAAUGAAUACGUGAGCAAUCGAGAAAGUGCCCCCGGGCCCGCCAUCUCCGAUACCAUUGAGGAGGAUUCAGAGCACGAAGAAACCGAUGAAGAUGCCAUCGCUGUUGCUGCAAACAGCCGCCACCGCAGCUCGCAGAAUCGACUGUCCAAACUGUCGUCGAGUGAUGCCCGCCUGUCAAUCCUGUCGGGCGAGUCCAAGCUGGCCGAGUCGUCGCAGGGCACGGGGAGCAACCGGAGCAGCAUGACCAUUCGUGCCGGCUCCGGCAUGCUGAGCGGAUUCGAGCUCCCGAAUGGCGAGUUCGACUUUGACAAGGCCCUGCUCAAGUUCGCUUCGGAACGAGAGUCAUUCUUGUCCGACUUGAGCCUCAGUGCCGGCGCCAUCACGCCCGCUCGCCCCAAACCGAGAGCCAAAAUGCAAAAGAUCGUGUCCGAAGAAAAACCCGCGUCGACGAAUCCGCUCAAGUCGGGCAUCGGCAGUGUUCGGCGGUCGUUUCGGGACAUGAACAGUAUGAAAAGGCAGCCAUCCGUUGCUCGCCAAGCCUCUGUUCGCACGUCUCGACGAUUAAGCAAUUACAACUCCGUCAUACCCGUCCCUCAGCCGAUUGAAACGUCCCCGGCCAUGCACCCCCUGAAGAGAAGGUUUGAACCGGUCUUGCUUGAUCGAUACCCUCAGAAAGGAAUGACCGAAGAAGGUGUUCAGCGGGGAACGUUCCCCGACUACGUGCCCAUGUUCGCUUUCCCCAACGAUAUCAAUAUUGUCUCCUCCGAUCAAAAGCCGCGUUCGACAUGGCAUGGCUUCAUCAUGACCACCGGCGAUGGCAGCAAACUGCACGGUGUGUGCCUCAUUUUGUGGAUUCCAUUAGGCCAAAAGGCUGCCGAAGCCCUUGAAGAAUGCUGCGAGGAGUGGCGCAAGGAUAAUAUGACCGAUGAGGAACGAGAACUUGCCGCAAGUCUCGGAGGCAGACUGGCCGAGGAGCGAGCAAAGCUGUCUUCCCUACUAGCCUGCCUGCCCACCGUUCCGUCCGGGUCUGCUGAACGAGAGAAGCUGGAAGACGACAUUAGUGCAGUCGAGGAGAAGAUCGGGCUGAUGACCGAUCUUCUUCGACCCGUGCGCCACGGAGCCGCAUCUAAGAUUGAAGGCCUGACAGACGACACUGGCUUCUGGAUUCCUCGGGCCUAUGGCAUCAUGGGAAAGAAUGCUUCCAUGACCAGUUUCUGGAAGGAGUGGCUCAAGGCCGUGUCCGUUCCUAGGACUAAUAGCGGUGUCUUGCGAGUACCGGCCUCCUCGCCAACUGUUGGUAUCUGGCAGCCUUUGGAACGAUAUGUCAUGAAUCUCUGCACCGAGGCAUUCAGUCCGUUAUCGUCCAAAACUCAAGUCGAACUGUCCGUACGAGAGUUGCGACUUUUUGCUCGCAAGGAAGCCCCUAAUGAGCUUCCCGGGUCUCGGAACACUGAUUUAUACGCACUCUUCCGCUCCUUGUCUUUAUCCAACAUGGUUAUCCUGUUUGAGUACGCUUUGGCGGAAUCUCGUAUCAUUUUUCUCUCAUCCCAUACAUCGAUGCUGUAUCUAGCCACAAGGGCUCUUGUGGAUCUUUUAUUUCCUUUUACGUGGACUGGAAUUCUCAUUCCAGUUUUGCCUGCCCGUCUCAUCCAGGCACUGGAGGCUCCCUGCCCGUAUGUUGUCGGAAUCGAGAGACGAUACGAAAAAGUCGAGCUGCCUUCAGACAAUUUUGUUCUGGUCGAUCUUGACUCGGAUACGAUCGAGAGCGACGUAAAUCCAACACCACUCCCUCGCCACCAACGCAAAAAACUCCUUUCCCUUCUUCAACUUGCAGCUCCCCAUCAUAACAGGUUCGGCGUGCGACCUGGCCCGCCAGCCUACGCUAUCGAAGCAUAUCCUUUUGAUUCUUUCCCUUCUGAAAAUGGAGCCAUUUUUCACUCCAAGGCUGGAUCGACCCACCUGUCUCGUUACGCGGGCCUGAACUCGAGUUCUUUUGGCAGUGAUCACGGAGUAUCAUCACCCGCACAGACACCAAUUUACAAUGCAUUCUUACACGCCCGGGACGAACAAACGCCGUCAAGGGGCUACUCACGAGGAAACGAACGGCCAGGAACAAGCUCCACAUCCAAGACCGGGUCACCGCCGUCUCCCAGAACCAGCUCACCGAUAUCAGGGCAUUUCCCUCCGCCACUGCCGGCUACUCCAGUGUCUCGGAAUGACUCGGGUAUGGCUUUACAAGCGUCCCUCCGUGAAAAGCGAUCGGGGCAUUUUGAUGCCGCUUCACGACGCAGUUCCUCGUUUGGUGCGGAGAGAAGAGGUGUGCCACGGCGACCGAGCGUCCCUUUCCUCGGCCAUGCUUCAAACUUGUCCGUAACCACACUGAACACUGACUACGGCGGAAUGUCCACAUAUGCGCCGUCUGUUUAUGCUACAUCGACGAUUGCUGCAUCAACGAUUGUUCCCCAAGCUGUUGCACAGCCUGUAUUCGACACUGACAGUACCUGCUGGGUGGAAGGGCAUUGUAUGCAGCUUCUUCCGCGCGAUGACAAGAUCAUCUGUACGAUUUGCGACGAAAAGGCCGACGAAGGAAUGUUUAAAUGCACUGGAUGCAAGACAUUUGCUCAUGGACGAUGCGUCUCCUUGAUUUGCCUAGUGUGCCCUGCUGCUUUCCAUCCUGAACAAAUUCGGGCGGCGUUUGUGCGCUGCUUUGCUAGCUUGUUGUAUACAUAUAAAAAGUUUAUGAUACCAGCCACCAAGGAGCAGAAAAAGUCAGGAUUGACGUACCAUUUUAACAUGGACGCGUUUUUGAAAAGCUUGCCUCAUGAACACGCCGAGUACAUGACUGUUCUCCAACAGACUCAGGCAUUCAACGAGUUCAUCGGCGAACGCGAGAGGGUUAACCCCAAGGCCAAGGACCCGACUAUUGUUUUGUUCGACGAAAUCGUUCUGUCAAAACGAAACCGUGGCCGGUCUUCGCUCUUUUCCGGACGCAUGGCGACCGACUUUUUGUCGAAUACAGCGGACCAUCUCUGGCGGUCGGCCGCGGCGACCUCGUUUCCACCCACGAGUCGGGCGCAGCAGAGCAUGGUAGAUGAUUAUUCCGAGUUGAUCAAACGAGCGCCCGCUAAGCUUGACCAUGCUUAUAUGAAGGAGCCGCGAAUGGUCCAGGGCAUGCCUCGGAUUUCCAAGACUGCCAACAAUGCCAGAAGAAAACCCCUGCCAAAGCUGAUGAAUGGGCUGGCCAUUUCGCCUCCAUAG